CUCUCUUCAAAACCCUAGUUCUUAUUACCAACAUGCCGGGAACCUCCAAAGAAAAUGGUGGCCGCCACCCUUUGUAUAGGGGAGUGAGACAACGUAGGAACUCAGACAAAUGGGUGUCUGAGAUCCGUGAGCCGAGAAAACCUACCCGUAUCUGGUUAGGAACAUUCUCUACCCCGGAGAUGGCGGCAAUAGCCUAUGACGUGGCAGCUCUAGCUCUCAAAGGAACUCAAACUGAGCUCAACUUUCCAAACUCAGCUUCAUCUCUCCCUGUCCCAGCUUCCAUGUCUCCAGGAGACAUCCAAGCCGCAGCCGCUUCAGCCGCCGCUGCUUUUGGUGCUGCUAGGGAUGCGAUUGUAAGUACCAAUAAUAACAACGCUUCAAGCAGUGUUGAAGGGAGUAAUGUGAAUAUAAAUGGAUACAUGGACGAGGAUUUGAUAUUCGACAUGCCUAAUGUGCUCAUGAAUAUGGCUGAAGGAAUGCUUCUCAGCCCGCCUCGUCAAUCCACCUUUGAUGCUGCUUCCGACGCUGAUGGUUACACCGGAGGAGACGAUUACUUGUGGAAUUUUCCUUGA